CUCUUCAAUCGAUUCAUUUUCAACACACCCUGAUGACCGACGAUGACGACGCUGAGGACGACAAUUAUAAUAAUGCCACUGGAAUUGUAAUUAAGGGUAAAAAAAUAUGUGGCAACAAUACCAGGAAGGAGUUCAAUAAUUUUUUAUACAAAGACAACUAUGCUGAGGUUAUUGCAUACUACAAGGAAAGUAUUAUACCAUUGAAGCCUAAAUGGUGUAGUUCACCAAUGGGUCAAGGGGAUAAGUACCAGGAAUGAAUGACUAAAGGGCUCCUGUGAUAUUAAAAAAUGAUGUUGAUUGCUGCUGCUGCUAUUACUACUAAUACUACUACUACUUGUUCCAUUUAAGUAUGGAAAUUUUGGAUUAUACUCAUUAUAUCAAACCUCAAAUUGUUUACCCACCAACUGAAGAUAAGAGCUGUGUGGUAAAACUCUUAAUUCUUAUUUUCUUGAAUAAAAUAAGAAAGCAGAAAUGUCUGAAGCACCUACUGGUCUCAUCUGACUACACAGUCAUUCAGACUCUCCCGGACGCUCCCGACUAACAUGAAGAACACGAACUUCAGUUACUUCGCUGCACUCAUCAUAAUGACUGUGAUAAUGCCAAUUAGUGGGUUUGAAGAUGAAUGCCACUGUGGUGUGUUCAGGAACAGAAUGGCAGAAGAGCCCAUCAUAAGCCACAGUCCAAGCUUUGUCAUGCCCUGUGAUAAAGAGGGUCGGGAGUCAUGCAAGGCAAUGUGCACUGCCCUGGUGCAAGUUACAGAAAAUGUGGCUCCAGUCAUGCUGUGUGAAAUGGUGCAUGAAGCCACAGCAGAUUUCAAGCCUGCACUGUUCUUCAGGAUUUGCGAUGACCAGCAAUGGGAAUACAGCGGACUCAGUUCUGAGGAGCCCAUCUGCUGCCUUGAGGGGCGUCCAACUACUUGCCAAUAACAUUGUCCAGAACAUUGAGAAUAUAAUGUGGAUAUUUUAUAGCAGUUUGUGCCAAUUUCUUUUAUUUUAAUCAAUGCAGUUGCAAGUAGAAAUACUGUAUUUUGUAACGAGACUAGAAUAUCAUCCUGAUAUGUAAUGUACAUGUAUGUGUCCCCAAAAAUGAUAUGACCAUUGGUACAAGAAAUGAAUUUGUGGUUUUUAUUUGUUUACUAGACUGAUAACAAAUCAUUGGAUUUGAGGUUAUCAUAGGUAUUACUUUGAAAAGCAGUCUUCUGGGUUGUAAUGCUGUGUUAUUCAGAGAGAGCCGACAACUAGCAGAAGUUGGCUCAGCUAGUCCCUGCUUCUGCUCUGGUGUUGCUUGGUGAUUGAGGUGAUAUGUUUGUCUAAACUGUUGUGCUGCUGGUGAACCACAAGGGAUUACAGGCAAGAACACUGUACUCUUCAUAAACAUGAAUUAUUUUGCUAACUACUUUUAUGUGACUCGCAUUGAUAAUGGAAGAACAAGUGUUCCUGUUUAAACAAUAAGACAAAUUUUUAAGUAUUUAUUUAAUUGUUUCAGGAGUCAUGAUACAUGAUGAAUGACUGGGUUUGAUUCCCAGCAAGGUUAAAGAUCUUUCAUGUAGCCAGUGUCCAGACCAGCUGUGGGGCCUAUCCACCCACCUAUCCAAUGAUUACAAGGGCUUCUUCACCAGGGGUACAAAUGCUAGGGCACAAAGGUGACCAUUCUAAUUCAUGUGCUAAGAUUAAGAAUACGUAGACCUAUACCUCCACUUCCUCAUAAUCUUUGUGCCCUGUUGCUUUAUUAAGGACAAGUUUACUUUACUAUUAACUUCUCCUUACAGAAGACUGACCACUCAUGACUGUUCAUAAUAAUUGUGUUGGUUAAAUACUGCAGUGUGUGUACAUAUCACAUUAUGGGUUCUCAAAUUUUGUGCUACCAUGGCCCCUACAAUAAUAAAUACAUUUAUGUGACCCUGAA